AUGAAGAAUUUGCCGGACCUAUGUGCGUUUCUGGGAUCUCAUUUGGGGGGAUCAUCGAAUAGCACACCACCAACAGCCCCCGUAGUACGGGAAGAAUCCUCGACCGCGGUCGAGCCCUCGAUACCAGCCCCCGAGUCUGUGAACACUGUCCCUUCCGGGGGAGCUGUAACGAAGAAACCUGUGGGUCCUUUGAAAAAGAUGGGAAAGGGGAAGAAGAGGCCUGCUUCCGACUCCUCUGCUGAGAUGGGCCGAGAAGGGUCAUCUGAAGCUGCUGCUGCUGGGACUCAGUCUGAUGAGCCUCCCAAGAAAAAGGCUAAGGCUAAAAAGAAGAAGAAGAACCUUGAAGAGAACGUCACCGAGGAUCAGACGGGUCCUGAAGAGGAGCCGGUCGAUCCUAUUGAAGGCGUAAGGACUCGGGAAGCCGUUAUCCCCGAGGACUCUAGUGAUGGUGCUCGCACCGAGGAGGGUCAAGAUGGCUCGCCAGUCACUCCUCUAACGAGGAAGAAGAAGGAGAAGCGAGCGGAUAAUCGAGCUGCUCCUGAUGCCUUCGUGCAAUCGCUGAGUGAUGGGAGUAUGAACUAUGUCAUCAAGAAGUAUGACUCGGCGCUGAAAGAGACCAUCAUCAAGCUGAAGAAAGCCGAGAAACUUGCUCGGGUGAAGGAUCUGGCUCUCAAUCGCAAGAUAGUUGAGUUCAAGGCGAUCAUCGACAAAACCGCGAAGGAGCAUAAUCGGCUGCUCGAGGAGAGAACGGCCCAGAAAACAAAAUUUGCUGAGAAGUUGGAGGAAUUGAAGGGUAAAAUCCACUCUUCUCGUGAGAAAGUUGAGGAGCUCGAACGGGAGAAAGCUGCCUUAGAGGAGGAGAAGGCCGCGUUGGAGGAAGAGAAGAGAAAUGCGUCCUUGAGGCAUGUUCGCGAGAUGAAGUGGUUGAAGGAUUCUCGGGUUUUUGAGGUUACCCAAGAGCGAGUGCGCGUAGAAACUUCUAUGAUCGCGAAAUGCAAUCGUCGAUUCAACAACAUCCGUGACCGAGAGGCUCGUCGCGAGGAAUUUGACAACGCUCGCCUUCUCCAUAGUCAAGCGUUUGGGACCAGGAAAUGUCUCGAGUCGCUCAUGGCGAACGGGCGCGAUAUCUGUUGA